CUCCACCCCUUGGCCUUCCCUUCUCGUGGGCUAGUCACAUCCCUCAGGUGUUCCCCUUGCUCAACAACCACUUGUGUUGGGUUGUUCUCUCUCCCUGUCUCUCAGGAGGAGGAGGAGGAGGAGGAGGAGAAGCUCUUCUCAAACCACCCGGGCAAGAGAAGGAAGGAAGCAAAACCUGAGCAGAGAGAGAGAGGAAGAUUCUGCUGAACUGAAGCCAGCUCUCUCUUAUCUGUGGAUUUGUGGCUUGUGGUUUGGGUGAGCGGCUCAGGAAAGGGGAAAAAAGAGAGGUGUUUUUUUUCCCUCCUCUCUCACUCCGCUGCAGUUUCUUCCUGAACUAAAGGGAGGGGGGAGAAACUGAAGCGGUUUGUCUGUGAGAACCAAGAACAGCCAAGGGUGUUCGGUUGCUGAUGUGCACACAGCCGGGAGCGCUGGGGUGUUUGGCACCAGACGGCGGGGCUCUGGGAGGCUGCUUUGCUCCCCCCCUCUCUCUUUGUGUUUCCAUGCUCCUGUUAUCUCCCAAAGGAGGUGAAGGAAUCAGCUCCUCUCCACUGUGAAGAAGAGAAGUGAUUCAGCAGCUUGGUUCGUCUCCUUCUUUCCUGGAAAGGGAAGGCAGGGCAAAGGGCUGGGUUUGGGUCGGUGCCCUUGAGACAGCAUGGCCCAGCGACCAGGAGCUGCCACCGCAGGCUGCCCUGUCCCCUGAGGACUGUCACGCUACUCUCUGGGCUACCACAGACUCAGUAGUACAGCACCUUCCUUCUCUGAAGAGGACGCAUCCCUCUGUUUCUCGGAGCCAUGAAGUUCAACGGCUACAUGAAGGUGCGCAUCGGGGAGGCGGUGGGGCUGCAGCCCACCCGCUGGUCCCUCAGGCACUCGCUCUUCAAGAAGGGGCAGCAGCUCCUGGACCCCUACAUCACGCUGAGCGUGGACCAGGUGAGGGUGGGGCAGACCAGCACCAAGCAGAAGACCAACACGCCAACCUACAACGAGGAGUUCUGCGCCCCGGUCAACGACGGGCGGCAGCUGGAACUGGCCGUCUUCCACGGCACCCCCAUUGGCUACGACGACUUUGUGGCCAAUUGCACCGUGCACUUCCAUGACCUCCUCCACGGCACCGGGUCCUCGGACAGCUUCGAAGGCUGGGUGGACCUGGAACCAGAAGGGAAAGUGUUUGUAGCAAUAACUCUCUCAGGAAGCUUUACUGAAGGGACUCUCCAGAGGGACAGAAUAUUUAAGAACUUCACCCGGAAGCGCCAGCGGGCUAUGCGGCGCCGAGUCCACCAAGUCAACGGGCACAAGUUUAUGGCUACCUACUUGCGGCAACCCACGUACUGCUCGCACUGCCGGGAGUUUAUCUGGGGAGUAUUUGGGAAGCAAGGAUACCAGUGCCAAGUUUGCACGUGUGUCGUGCACAAGCGCUGCCACCAUCUCAUUGUCACGGCUUGCACGUGCCAGAACAAUAGUCACAAGGCGAACACAAAGGUAAAGAUUUCUGAGCAGAGAUUUGGAAUCAACAUCCCUCACAAAUUCCGGAUCCACAAUUACAAAGUGCCCACCUUCUGCGACCACUGCGGGUCUUUGCUUUGGGGCAUCAUGAGGCAAGGUCUACAGUGCAAAAUAUGCAAAAUGAAUGCACAUAUUCGUUGCGAAGCCAACGUAGCACCGAACUGUGGCGUCAACGCUGCAGAGCUGGCCAAGACGCUGGCAUGUAUGGGCUUGCAACCAGGAAACAUUUCUCCAAAUGGGAAACUGGUUUCCAGGUCAACGCUGAGGCGACAGAAAAAAGAGAGUGGAAAGGAUGGCGACGAGGUGGCUGAAGUCUCGGCGAGCAAGCUCAAAAUUGAGGAUUUGCUGUUCAUUAGAGUUCUGGGAAAGGGCAGUUUUGGAAAGGUGAUGCUAGCCAAAACAAAACAGACGGGAUUCCUUUAUGCCAUCAAAGUCCUGAAGAAGGAUGUGAUUCUGCAAGACGACGAUGUGGAAUGCACUCUGACGGAAAAACGGAUCUUGACCCUGGCCAGGAACCAUCCAUUCCUAACCCAGCUCUACUGCUGCUUUCAGACACCUGACCGCCUCUUCUUCGUCAUGGAAUUUGUGAACGGAGGGGACCUGAUGUUUCACAUCCAGAAAUCCCGGCGGUUCGACGAAGCCCGAGCCCGGUUUUACGCCGCGGAAAUAAUUUCGGCCCUCAUGUUCCUCCACGAAGGAGGCAUCAUUUACAGGGAUCUGAAGCUGGAUAACGUGCUGCUUGAUCACGAGGGCCAUUGCAAGCUGGCCGACUUUGGGAUGUGCAAAGAAGGAAUCCGCGACGGGGUCACCACGGCGACCUUCUGUGGAACACCUGACUACAUCGCCCCAGAGAUUUUACAAGAGAUGCUGUAUGGUCCCGACGUCGACUGGUGGGCAAUGGGAGUGCUGCUCUACGAGAUGCUCUGUGGCCACGCUCCCUUCGAAGCUGAAAACGAAGAUGACCUCUUUGAGGCCAUCCUUAAGGAUGAAAUCUCCUACCCGUCUUGGCUCCCAGAAGAUGCCGUUUCAAUUCUGAAGGCCUUCAUGACCAAGAACCCCAAAAUGCGCCUAGGCAGCAGUGCCUUGGGUGGAGAGAAUGCUAUCCUAUUGCACCCAUAUUUUAAGGAAUUGGAUUGGGAUCUGCUGAACCAGCGUCAGAUAGAGCCGCCUUACCGGCCUCGAAUUAAAUCGAAAGAAGAUGUGAGCAACUUUGAUCCCGAAUUUUUAAAAGAGGAGCCAAUAUUAACUCCCAUUGAAGAAGGAAUUCUUUCUAUGAUCAACCAAGAUGAAUUUAAAAACUUUUCUUACACAGAUCCAGAACUGGAGUCUUAGCCACGUUUGGGGGUGCCAACGGGCCUUUCCUCCUGAAAAAGAGGAACAGAGGCCAUUUAGGCUUCCCUGAAAAUUUGUCCAGCUGGGAGAUCGAAACUCGACAGCCCAAUAUUAAUGCCUCACAGACAAGAGAAGUACUGUUAGUUUAAUAUCGGAGCAGAAGGACCGUCCUGGAAUUUUUGAAGCAGCAAGAACAAAUAUUUAUAGCAGGGCAACGAAUCUCCUUCGGUAAAUGGAUGGUGUGGAUGUGGGAAGAAGAAAUUAUUUGACCUCAUUGACUUGGGACAGCUGGCUGGGAAAUUCGACUUUGCAGUGUGUCUGGAGAGUCACCAGAAGGGUGAAAUAACCCUGAGCCUGGCCAAGUUUUUAUACACCCUGCAAAGCACCUUCCACAAAACAGGGGUAACAAAAAGAGGGGAAGCCAAUGACUGGGUCAAACUUCAUCCAGAAAAACGUUAUCCAUGGCAUUACCUUGGUUAAAGAAUUCAUAUAGUACUGUAUACUGUUCUUCCUCCGAGGAAGAAUGCUGUAGAUCCCUCGUGGGCAAAAAUGGGUCUCUGGAAUGUUUCAGGCUUCCAUUUGAAGAGAUAUUUCAUUGCACAGAUUGUCAAAAUCAUUUUUAAACAAAAUAUCAUUGAGGUAAGGAAGUCUUCCACGGUAUAUGGGCCCAGAUCCAGGCCCAGUUCUGAUUUGUUGUAUGCUAGUGGUGGCUCUGGAUGGGAUUGUACUGUCCUCGUUUCCAUCACGUGCGUCCUGUCAAGUAAAAGGAGGAUUAAACAUGUUUUCAUAUCUGCUCUGAGAAAGAGAGAGAGAGAGGAGGAAGAGGAGGAGGAGGUGGAGAGAAUGAAUAUUCCUUGCUGAGUUGGGGUGAAACUGCUGAAUCUGAGAAAAACCCAAUAAUCCACAGCAAACCCAGUUGACUUUUGUUGUGAUUCACCGGUAAACUGUUGGGACAAAAACAUUACCCUGCUUGGACCCAUGCCUACAAAGCCUGGAUGAGCCCUUAUUAACCAUAAGAUGAGAGAGGAAAUUUAUUUCCUGUGUUUGUCAAAUAACUGAGAUGAUCUGGGGAUUCCUAAUCAUUUCCUUCUCCCAUCCUCCGUGCUUCCUCUCCUGUUUAAAACAGACUGUGUAAAGUACUCUCUGCCUUUUACCUCAAAGAGGAUUUUUUACCCUGAUUCCCUUGAAAUAGAAAUGGAUGUUUUCUUCAGGGCUCAUUAAAAACAGAAGAAAAAACCCAACUGAAGUCAAAAUGGUGGUCCCUCAAAUUAUUUCGCCACUGGUGGCCUGAUGACCUUUCUGCCAGGCACCCAGUUUACAACUUCAUCUUGGGACAAAGCAGGGGACUUUUACACAAGUGGAAGAUAAGGUUCUUAAGCCACAACUAUUUAGUUCCCAAUGUGCUUCUUUAUACCAGUUGCAGGGAAUCGGAAGUGGGGGGGGGUGUUGGUUUGGGGGGGCCCUUGCAACCUUCCAGUGGGCACUUGGCUGGCUAGUUUGAGAACAGGAUGAUGGACUAGAUGGGACAUUGGCUUGCAGGGUUCCUCUUGGUUUCUUAUGUUCUUAAGUUGAUUAAAAGUAUAUUUAUUUUAAUGAGUAAUGUUAGUUUAUAUGGGUUACGUGGGGGUACUGAUUUAGGCUAGCAGACUGUGUUCAGUACAGGUGUCCCCCUCCCCAAUUUACGCAGGGGGGUGGGUUAUAUUCCGGGCCCCAACAUGCAUAAGUGAAAUUGUGUAUAGUGCAUAGCUGCCAAGUCUCCCGUAUUCCCCGGGAAAUCCCCGUUUUUCCAGCUGUUCCUAGCUGAAAAAACGGAUUUUAUUUUGUUUCCCCCCGGUUUAUUCUGGCGC